AUGGAUCGUGCCAUGGUAAUGAGAGAUAUGGAGUACGAAGAAUCUGCCAUCAUGGACGACGAUAGGGAUGUCGACAUCGUCGGGAACGUGGGAACCACACCGCAGCGCCUCGCCUUGGGACGCUCGCCCUUGUCCAAGACGCGCUCCAUGUCGGACGGCGGGACGCCCUCAAAGCUUUCGCCCUCGCCGCACAUUGCCGAGCGCAACACCUCCAAGGACGACAGCCAUAUCGGGAACACGGGACCGGUGGCGACAGCUGCACCUCCCGUGACUCCCCACCGAUCCGAGUUUCCCCUCCGCGGCCUCUCGCUGCAGAUGCCUGCCAACUCUCCCUCCUCUUCGUCCGCCGUCUUCACCAAACCAGCACCGCUGUCCCCGAAGCUCGACCACUCCCAGAUCUACGCAAGCCCCACGCAUAUCCUUCCACGUCGCUCGCGCGGUCUCGAUUUCUCCCGUGCCGCGACCAGCCUGCACCACUCGACCCUUGCGGAGUCGUCGCCCGACUCGUCCCCCACGAUCGGAGGCAGAGGGAUGAACAUCCCGGGAAGGAGGAGCAACGACUACGGCCAGGCGGAGCAAACGACGACCUCUUUGUGGUCAAUGAUGGGCAAUCACGAGCGCAUGACAGUCUCGAGCUCCCUGGGCAGUGCGAACCACCCGCUGGGAUCCGAUUCUUCAUCCUCUUCCGACAACGAUGACCUGAUGGACGAGGACAUGGAUGAGCCAUACAUCGGAACGCCGCAAGCGAACAAGUCUCUAUCGUCGGUUGGGGCGCAUCUUCCCGGCGGGCCGUGGAUGGGGGGAGGAUCUCCUGCGAUGAACAGUCUGAUGAGCUUCCAGCAGAGGCAGCGACCGAGGAAACAACAGAGGAAGAAACACAAGCCCCCUCUGGGCCUCGGGUUCAACCCCUCCACUAUGGCUGGGCUCUCUAAGUCACCGCCCAGCAACAUGUCAAAAGACGUCUCGGCUCACAACCGGAGGGAGAGCAUCAGCUGGCAGGCAAACCAGCUCCACAUAUCUGGGAGCGAGGAGGAGAGGGGAGAUAACAUCGAUGGCAUCCUCACAACUCCCAGUCGCGACGGGCAACGAACUACCGUUAUGAAACGCGUGGUAACCCGUCGCGGAAACUUACUACCUAAAACGAAGAACUUUGCACGUAUCAGGGCAGCUCUUUUCGAGGAAGGCGCACCCGUAGAGAUGGAAACGCGGCGCGAGGCCGAAGUUGUGCGCCAAGUACGCGAAAGCGACGUGGACCUCGAGCCGCCCCGUCCACCACCAGCCUCAACAGCUCACUCAUCACCGAAUCUCGGUACACAGGAAGCUUCACUGGAUGACAUUCCAGAAAGCAUGAUUUCCGACUCCGCGAUGACGUUAUCAAGCAGCUUCAAGCAACAAGCACUCAAGAACUCCAAGGGCACCAAGUUUUGGGACACCUUUUCCGAAUCGAGUAGCAUCGGCACACGCACAACACCGCCGCCCCAAACUGGCCUGCCCCGUGGCUCUUCGUCUGGCAUGAGCGAGGACAUAUCCAUGGACUCGCCAUCCCUCGGACCGACGGCAGGUUUCGCUAUGGCAGCCAGCAGCGGCGAGUCUCAAAAGGGUGACACGCCACUCCUCGCGCAGGGCCCCCAACCAGCACCCAGCGCGGCGGAAAUCACGCGGCGUAUUAACAGCAAGCGCCGAAGGGAGGACGAUUUCGACCCCGUUAGCUUCAAGCGCCGCGCCGUCAGCCCAGGCAUGAGUGUGCACAACUCGCCCAUCAUGCAAAGCCCCAUGCAGCGCGACGUGGCGCCGUGGGGGUCACGGCCCGGCAGUAACAGCGGCGACCGCGGCGGCAGCGAGUCGGGCAGUCUGGGCGGCACGCCGGGGAGCAACCCCAACGGCAACGGCCGGGUGAAUGGCAACAAGGGAAGAGUCGGGUUUCAGGGCAUGGUCGAUACCAGUGACGGCAUGAUGCGGAUGAGCAUCGAGUGA